AUGAUUACACAAAUCCUUCAAUUUCAAGGUCAUAAUUAUUUUACACAAAGAUUAAUAUUAUCUUUAUUAAGUGGAAAAACUAUACGGAUUGAAAAAAUUCGUUCUAAUGAUCCGAAUCCUGGUCUUCGAGAUUAUGAAAUUUCAUUUCUUCGUUUAUUAGAAGGGAUUACAAAUGGUUCACAAAUUAAUAUUUCAUAUACAGGCACAAUCAUUAUAUUUAAACCGGGUCAGAUUUAUGGAGGAAAAUUUACUCAUGAUUGCGGAACAUCGAGGUCAAUAGGAUAUUUUCUUUUGCCAUUAAUUAAUAUUGCACCAUUUUCAAAAAUUCCAUUUGAUUUAACUUUUACUGGAUUAACUGUUGAUAACUAUGAUGUCAGUGUUGAUAUUAUUCGGACAAAUAUUCUCCCAGUUAUGCAAAAAUUUGGAAUAAAUGAUGGACUUGAGCUUCGAAUUUUAAAACGAGGUUCUCCGCCACUUGGAGGAGGCGAAAUUCAUUUUACAUGCCCAUCUAUUCGUACACUUUCUACCAUUCAUCUUUUAUCACCAGGAAGAAUAAAACGCAUUCGUGGGAUUGCAUCAUCUACGCGUGUAUCACCUGCUAUGGCCAAUAGACUUGUCGAAUCUGCAAGGAGUGUUCUAAAUAGAUUUAUUCCUGAUAUAUAUAUUUAUACAGAUGUUCGAAGAGGAAACGAAUGUGGGAAAUCUCCUGGGUUUUUUUUAUCACUUGUUGCAGAAUCAAAUACAGGAUCUUUAUAUACAAGCGAAUUAUUAGGAGAGUCAGGAGAUAUUCCUGAAGAUAUAGGUAUUAAUUGUGCUAGAGCUUUAUUGUCACAAAUCCAAAAUGGAGGUAGUGUUGACAAUGUAGCAUGCAAAUAUGCUCUUCUUGGAAUGGUGCUAGGAUCAGAGGAUGUUGGACGUAUACGAAUAAGUAAUAAAAUUGAUGAACAUUUAGUAGUAUUUUUAAGAGAUAUUAAAUUAUUUUUUAAAGUAGAAAUGCGAUUUGUUCCAGAUAAAAACGAAAUAAUAGUAAGUUGUAAAGGCAUUGGAUACACUAAUUACAAUAAAAUGAUUAAUUAA